AGCCCUCCCAAGAGACAUAUCGCACGAGGUUUAUUUUUUUGGGUACAUGAUUCCUAUUUCUGAACAGAAAGUGUCAGUUGGCACUAGAAGAAUUGGAGAAAAAAUAUUGUUCGUAAAACUUGUUGACUUGACGUGUCUGCGUAGUUUUCAUUUCAUUAAAGAAAACUGGGCGGGAUAAGAGAUACUUGGAUUUGUCGGUCUAGGCAGUUGCACACUCCCUUUUCCUACCUAGGAAAUAAACUUAAAUGGAGGCUCGAGUCUGUGGAAAUACCUACCGACAGACUUUGUGAAAGGCAAAAGUGGAGGUGUUGAAAGUGGAAGAAAAGCCGGGAUACAAUAAUACAAGCCGAUGAACAGGAAACUGGAACACAUCAAAUCAUAGAACAAAGGAGUUGUUUUAUAUUAUAAAGAAAUUUACAUUAUUCAGUUCUGACACUCUAGCCGGCACACAACCAGGGCUUGUUUAUGACCCCAGGGCCAAAGACUUAAAAGGCUGAAGGAUGGCUCGGAGUUCACACGCCAGCUCCAGUGGGUCUCAGUAUGCUGUCUGUGCUCUGGGGGUUGGCCUGAUUGCUCUGGGUGUGGUGAUGAUUGUGUGGAGCGUGGUCCCAGGGAACACAGUGCCUUCUGGGAAUAACAGCAAGCCAGAGUUGGGUCCAGAGACGGACUCCACCAAGGGGAAGACCUCGUCUGUGGCGUUUGUUCUGGUGGGCAGCGGAGUGGCUAUGCUGCUGCUUUCUAUCUGCCUGAGUAUCCGCAACAAACAUCGGCAAAAUCGACGAGAGGCUGAGGCCACUGACGUGGAGUACGAGGACAACGAGUCUCCAGAUGAAAGGCCGGAAGUGCCAGAGGGGCACGUCCCGGCGUAUAACGUUCCCAGCUAUGAUGAAGUGGUCGGGAGCAACGACUACCCAGUGAGACAGAGCAACCUCCACAACAGCCUCUCCCUCCCCUCCUACGAGUCGCUAGCGGAUGCAUUGGCGAUAGAAGCCUCUGUGGAAGCUGCCACCAACACAGAUGGGCCGACCCCUGCCCCUGCCGCCACACAGCAGCCACCACAGCAACAGGCUGGUUGCCAAAAAGCACGCUCCAGCAAGAAGUUCAGACCAUUAAAGGUUCGCAGGAUCAAGUCUGACAAAUUGCACUUGAAGGACUUCAGGCUUAAAAUCCAAAACUCGAACAACAGCAGACCAGACACCAUUGAGCCUUUGACCCCCCCACCAAUGUAUGAUGAAGAGAUUCAAGAUAAAAACCUGCCUGUGUAAACCUGACCUGACAGGCUUGCCACAGGGGGGAGCCACUGCCUCGCUCUGAAAAAUCACUGCAGUGCAAACCGACCAACCUGGGACCCUGACCUUUUUUUAAAAGGUGUUUUUUAAGCACUUUUUACUUAAACAAAUGUACUUGGAUCUUCUUUAAGAGAUGUUGGGGACCUUCUGCCAGUUUGUGUUCACAGGGACACUAAUAUUGUGUACCAAGAGCCAAAUUAGAUUUUUAACAAAUAGGAGGCAUGGUAGAAUGUGAUUACAGGCAGUCUACUUUGAUAAAGUGAUUUAGCGCUGAAUUCUGUCUUACGCAUUUUGAGUCUGAUGCUUCUACUGUAGAGUAACCUGGCUUAUGUUUGUUUUGAAAGAUGUGUUGGGGGGGGGGGGGGACUGUGAUGGCAAGGACAUGUCUUGGGAGUUCAAGAAGCUAAAGACCUAUGGAGGGAAUUGAACGUACACUACAAAGGAUAAAGCAGUUAAUCUGGUUUAACAAUCCGAACAAUCACAGAUCUUGAUAACUCUAUCUUCUACUUUUGUUUUUAUUAUUAGUAUUAUUAUUGGUAGUAUUUAUUAUACAGGUGCAAACUGACACUUUAAUUCAAUCAAUGAUUCCUGUAUUUUCAUUUGGUGUCAUUUUGGAUAGGAUGAAGAAGGAUCUGUCACCUGGGCACAAAACUUCAACCAAAAAAAUGCCUGUUUUGUUUCUUUUCUUUUUGUACACUGAGAUUGUGCAUGUUUUUUUUUUUUUUU